GUGACGUAACGAAGCAAAGGUGAAACGUAGUUACAUUUGCUGAAGUUGGUGUUGGUCCAAAAAGUAUAUGUGAUUGAUUUGUUUGAUCAAGGAGUUGGUGUGCAGGAAGGAUAGAAUGUCCAGCAAGUCAACGUUUUUAAAAGUUGUAUUGCUUGGCGAUGGUGGUGUGGGCAAAUCUUCGCUGAUGAACCGAUUUGUGAGUGGUAAGUUCGACAGCCAGUCUUUUCACACAAUCGGUGUGGAGUUCCUAAACAAGGACGUUACUGUCGAAGGACAAUCGUAUACCUUACAGAUUUGGGAUACAGCUGGUCAGGAAAGAUUUAAAAGCCUAAGGACACCAUUUUAUCGGGGAUCAGACUUGUGUUUGCUGGUCUAUGCCGUGGACGAUGUUGAGAGCUUCAAGAACUUGGCAAUGUGGCGGAAAGAAUUUCUGUAUUACGCCGACGUUCGUGAAAAGGACAACUUUCCUUUCAUUCUUUUGGGAAACAAGAUUGACGUUAACGAGAGAGCUGUAUCACAAGAAGAAGCACAUCACUUCUGCAAGGAGAUCGGUGGAAUACCUUACUAUGAAACCAGCGCUAAAGAUGCAACGAAUGUUGAUGUUGCCUUCAAUGCAGCUGUAAAGAGACUCAACGAAUUAGAGCAAAUCAAAGUCAAAAGUGAUUUCUCUGCUACUGAAGGAGUAAAUUUAGCUAAAGUCACUCAGAGAGAAAAUUCAGGUUGCUGCGAAUAAUCGGUUCAUUUGAAUUUUUGUUUUACUUAGUCUUUUUCUUGUGAGGAGGUGCAAGGAGGGAGAGGGGGGGCAUGUUGUGUUCUUUGUACCACUGGUGGAAAUAUCAUUUUGAAGUUGUCAUAUAAUUAAUUUUAGAUACUGGUACAAGAAGCAGCACCUGUGCUAGUUUAUCACAUCACUGAUUUCAUCAUGAGAUGAGAGUAAUAAUUAGAGGGCCAAAGGGGCAAAAAAAAAAAAAAAACCACUGAGAUGAAAUAACUGGAAUGAGCAAAAGCUCUAAAACCACCCAGAGGAAACCAAAACCGAAACAGUCAAAUUGGGCAAAAUGAAGCAAUCAUGGAUACGAGUGAAAUCCAUUGUAUUUAUUGAGAAUUAGCCAUAAACAGGCUAACUUGAGUGGUAUUCAGACAAACUGGAGAGCAAGGAGACUGCAGACAUGAAGACCUGUACACUCUUGUUAGUCAGAGUAAUGGUUAUAAACUUGCGUCAAAGUUAACAUCAUCUGGAUGCAAACGGUAAAAUUAUGUUGUUCAGUAAGCAAUCAGAUUAUAAAACAGUACCAGAUUUGCCAGAUAUCCUCUCCAGGAAGAACAGCUAUUGGAUUAAAUAAAGCUAGUUUGGAAGUGAAGAAAUAAUCAAAAAAGGAGAUUUCAAUGAAUUUGCCAUGAAAGUUAAGGUCAGAUACCGCAGUAGAAACUAUAAACUGAAAACUGCUCAACUCCAGCUAAACAAUAGACUAGGUGAUUAACAUGAUUCGACAGCUUGACACAGACCAACCCUCUCAUUUUUGCACAAUGUGAGAGGUGCUAGGCUAUGAAUGAAUUUACUUUUCUUAAAUUUUCUAUUGAUUUUCAAACUAUGAAUAAGGCAAGGGAAUCACUUGUUUCCCAACUGGAUUAUAGAAUAUUAACCUACAUAUACACUAACCAAUAUCAAUAUUUAUAUUUAGCAGACUACUAGAAAAGCCUACUUCACCAAUAAAUAUACCAUUAUUAUAUAUGCAGCAUGAGUACAUACUAAUUAACAAUUAGACCCGUAGCCCUUGCGGGCUACAGAUCAAUAGCCCAUGAGGCAAAGACUCAUAGGCUAUUGACUCGUAGCCCUUGAGGGCGAAGGGUCUAAUUGUUUUAGUAUCAGCCAACUAGUCGGACAGAAAAGGCAAUAAUAAAGUUAGCAAAUGCAAGUUGAAGAAAUAUUUAUUUGGGAAUAAAACGAAGAAAAGCGUCACGCUCUAUUGUGCCAAUUUCACUACUCGAGGACUACUACUAAUAGUCCUCUAGUAGCAUAGGCAACUAAAAUGCAGGCUUUGUAUUAGUCCACUAGUUGGGUGAUACUAAUAAGCAAUUAGAUUAUGAGCUUGAGAUUUCUAUCACGCGAUAGAAAUCGAAAGCAAAUAAUCUAAUUGUUUUGGCAUAAAUCUACUCGUCGUUCAAAACUUGAUCUAAAUCCUCUUCACAAACACUUCGAAAACGUCAAGAAGCGGCUGUCACUUUGUUAACUAGGGCACACUAGCAUGCUACCCACUAUCUCCAACAGAAUUGAUAGUGAGUAGCGUAGCCAAUCAGAGAAUGGCAUUCGUGAUAGAACACUAGUAGAUUUAUACUAAUACUGAUUAGAUGUUGUACAACUGUAAGUUAUAGUCUUGAAAUACUGCAGCUGGAGCAGUUGCUAUCAGUUGAAUGAGACUUCCCAUAUUCUGACGGUUGUGGUUCAUGAUUUUUCUAUUGAAGUCCAAAGUAAACUGGUUACCAAGAUUAUUUCAAAUGAACUUUCUCUGUGUAUGAGUUGUGAGUUCUCCAUGACCAAUAAGCCAUAAAAUGUUAUAUAAUGUUUUUAUUAUAGGAAAAUGUUGUUUAUUAUUAUAGUAAAGUUAUUAUUAUUAUGUAGAGAAGAUGUCUGAAUGAUUUUUUUUUUCUUAGGAUGAAAUAUUGUUUAGUAAUAUGUUUGUAGGUUGAUGUUUAAUGAUGGCAGUCAACAUAGUAAUUGACAUAGAUUGACAGUAAUUUAGCAGCAAUAAUUGACAAAAGUAACAACGGAAUGUGUUGUUUUAUAGUGUUGGUAACAUUUGCACUGAAGUUACAUGUGGAUGUUAAAAAUAUGAGCAGUGGAUUUUGUUCAUUUGUAUUAGUUUGAAUCUCUUCUCUUGCACCUUUGAGAUCUUGUGGGCCUGGUUGUUAUAGUUAAAUAAAGCUUAUCCACUUAUAGGCCUGGGCAAGGGGGAAGGGGGGUACUCCCUAUAAUGGCCUAUUUGGGGCGGCUCUGUCUGAGAGGGGUGCCUGUUUCAGGCUUCAGAUUUAUAAAAGGGUAGGGAUUUCACAAGUUGAGGUAUACAAAAAGGUAGGGAAAUCUGUCAUUUAGUUAUUUAAAAGGGACUUUUGUUAAAAUGUUUCAAACAGACACACCGUAUGGCUGUAUCAUUUCAUUUUUUAGGCACAAUGUGAAAGUGACAAGCUUCCUUUUUUGGCAAGUUUUGAUAAUACAGGCUCGUUAUCAAAGUAUGUGAAAAGAGUACCAUUUUUUAAUGAAAGGUGUGCAAAAAGGGUAUCUUUUCUGUCAAAAUGGUUUACAAGGGGUUGAACCUUGAGGCAGAACCUCUCCAUAUAGAACUUUCUAGUGUACCCCCUCUCUCCCCUAGGCUUAGAGGAUAAGCACAAAUCUUGAUUUUAGGCAUAACUAUUCAGUGGAGUUUUUUAGUGUAAUGUUAAUAUCUUUUACUUUUCCCCUCAGUUUCUAUGUUUACUAAUGUUUUAGAACUCCAGGAAACAUUAGAGUUGAAAAACAAUAUUUUAGAAGAGGAAGAUCCCCUAUUAAUUUUAAUCGUGGAUGAGCAAACUUAGAUCUGAUAUUCACCUUGGUGCUGAAUGAUACAUCUGAAGAGAAGAUCAAAUGUUCUUAGACUGCCAUCAAUGGACUUAGUUCCUGGCUGUGUGUAACCUGCAUGUUUUUCUUUUCCUUUUUACAUCACAUUUCUGAUACACGAUGGAAAUACAUGACUACAGGCUGUAUAAAUAUGUCCUCCUGAAAAUAACUAAUCCACUGAGCGCUUAUUAUUUAGAAAUUAUUGGAAUCUGAUUAAAAAUGACAGCAGACCUCUACUGACUAAAAAUGCAUGUUUUUGUUAUGCUGAAAGAUGUGGAUUAUAAAAAAUACUGUUCAGGAAAAUAUCCCUUCCUUACUCCACUCCACUAGAAAUUCCAAUAUCUUCAAUCGUUAUGAAAAUUUUGGCUUUUGAGAUUGCCUAACCCCUCAGAAUUUAAUGACCUUCCACAGGUUAGGUAUUGAUGUAUUCUUUAACUGCCUCUGGGGAAUGUGACAGCUGUGUGAUUAGUGUAUUGAACUCCAGAAUAAGGUGACUGGGUCUAAAAGACAUUACCCCUUCCAGUGCUUUGUGAUGGGGUGCAGGGAGGGGAGGGGGGGUUAAGGGGGCUGAAGAUGAAGUUAAUCAAAGCUUUUCAAAACUCCUCAUGCUGAUGGUUUUAACACUGAUUUGGUGUCAAUUGUUCUUCAACUGCAGGGCUAGGGUUAUAGAGUCUCAUUCUGGUGAAGGGGUCUGAGUGACAAUGAUAUGGUGCAUUUGCUUCCUCUUGCUAAAACAUUGUGGUUUCUAACUUACUUUUCAGUGGGGGAGGAAACAUGGGGUAUGAACUGCAAGGAGUGUAAGAGAUGUUGUUUCUGGCCUUCUUUCAAAAUUUUCACGUUGCUCUUGUCUAGCUAUCUUUUCAGUGACACUCCACAUUAUCAUUGUAAAAAAAAAGUGACAGAAACUGAACAACUUUUGUUUUAUGAAUAUGUAGUUUUAUUGUUGUCUACAGUAAAAUUCUUGCACUCUGAUACAGGCCAAAAGCCUGUUUAUUUAGCAAUGUAUUUACAUUGAGGUGAAGUAAUGAUGAGAAAAUAAAGUUAUCUAUUUUUUUUUU